AUGGAGCGUGACAUUGAGAUGGAAUCUCGGCAGUCGCAGCGCGAAACCUCGACACAGCACAAUGCCGAUGCCUCGCUGGAGCGAAUUCUCGACAAGGCGUCUACGAAGCAGCAAGACGAAGCGCCGGCCGAUGGCAAGGCGAGAAGCAAACUGCAGAUGUUUGCCAUUCUAACAGCGCUCUUUCUUUCCCUCUUCGUAGCAGCUCUGGAUGCAACAAUCGUCUCCACGGCCGCGCCCACCAUGUCUCACGACCUGCAGUCUGCGGCAGGUUACACCUGGAUUGGCGGAGCGUUUCUGCUCGGCAAUGCCGCAUCGGGACCCAUCUGGGCGAAGCUCUCUGACAUUUUUGGCCGCAAGCUUAUUGUGUUGCUUGCACUUGCUGUUUUCUUUGCUAGCUCGGCUGUCUGCGCCACGGCCAAGACGAUGGAGGCGUUGAUUAUUGGCCGUGCGUUUCAGGGCGCUGCUGGUGGUGGGCUGAUCCUGUUGGUGCAUGUUUGUAUCAGUGAUAUGUUUAGCUUGAGGCAGCGGAGCCUGCUUAUGGGGCUGACUGAAGGGAUUUGGGCGUUGGCUGGCGGGAUUGGACCAAUUCUUGGGGGUGUGUUUGCCAGUUUGGUGAACUGGAGGUGGUGUUUCUGGAUCAACUUGCCCAUCAGCGGACUUGCAGCUAUCCUAAUCCUGAUUUUCCUCGAUAUCAAGCACGAGCAUACGUCUUUCAUUGACGGUAUGAAGGCAAUCGACUGGCUUGGAAUCUUUACCUUCCUUGGAUGCACGCUCAUGCUUCUCCUUGGGCUCGACUUUGGAGGUGUCCUGUUUCCAUGGGACUCUGCGAAGAUCAUAGCGUUGCUUGUGGUUGGAGGAUGCAUGAUCUUUGCCUUCAUUUACAGUGAGGCGAGGUUCGCAAAGUAUCCCCUCAUUCCUAUGUCUUUGUUCAAGAAUAAGACCAACGUGGCUACCUUCUUGGUGGUUUUCUUCCACGGCUUCGUCUUCAUCGCGGCCGAGUUCUACAUGCCGUUGUUCUUCCAGUCUGUCCUGGAAGCAUCUCCCCUUCGAUCCGGUGUGCUCCUUCUGCCUCUGAUCGUGACAGGAGCGGUAUUCGGUGUAGUAUGCGGCGUCAUCAUCCACCGCACCGGACGAUUCCGAGAGAUUAUGUGGGUCGGCUCAUUCUUCAUGUGUCUCGGAUUCGGCCUCUUCGUAUCCUUUAACGCAAACGCAUCGACCGGUCGCGUAGUAGGCUUCCAGAUGAUCGCCGGCCUAGGACAGGGCAUCUUGUUCGAGGCACCGCUCAUCGCCAUCCAGAGCCAGGUCGAGCAGGCUGAUGUAGCGACUGCUACCGCAACCAUGGCGUUCGUGCGCAACAUCGCUGUUUCCAUCUCCGUCAUCGUUUGCGGGACUAUCUUCCAGAACUCCAUGUCGGCUCGCAGUGGAUACUUACGUGCUGCUGGUCUGCCACAGGGCCUGCUGGAUCAGCUGGACGGUGAGAAUGCCCUGGCGAACGUCAUGUUGCCGAGUACACUUGACAACCCGGCUUGGGAGUUCGCUGCGAAGCAGGCUUUUGCAUGGGCAACGCGCAACAUGUGGAUUAUGUUGACGGUGAUUGCGUUCCUCUCGUUAGUUGCCAGUCUGUUCGUUGAAGCGGCGCAUUUGGGGACGGAACACGUGGAGACCGUCACUGGGUUACGAAAAGAGAAGGAACGCCCUGAAGAGAGGUGA